UAAUAUUAAUAAUAACAUCGAUGUAAGUCAAUUUGAAUAAAAAGCGCGUUUCGGGGCCUUGUUUUGAAUUCGGUUCAAGAUUUUUGCGCCGCGCUGUACACAAAAAAUUCUCAAGUACAUAUAUUGGGCAUAUACCAGCUCGAUACGGUGGUAUCCACGUAUAUACUGAAGCAAGGUAGCAAAUAUUAACCAUAUAACUAUAUCGAGAUUUCAGGUUCUGUUCUUGUCAUUGUUAAUUGCGUGACGUAAACGCAGCCGCCGUGAUUAUUAUAAGACCGCGAGUUCAUGGCUGCCUCUGAUUGCCGUCGAAUCAUGUUGCGCGUUUUUCUUCGGGAAAACUUUGUGAUACUAAGUGUUUUACAGCUAUCUUUCCUGUUAGUAUCAACAUUUGCACUUUAUUUUUUUGGUUGUUUCCCUACUUUUCUUUCUUUAACUGCCUGAAUGUCUUUUGAAAGUAGACCUGCAUAGUCUUGUGACUGGCUCUUGUUCUUCUUCUCUGUCCUUCAGGUGAUGGUAGCUCGGAAAAGUCAAAUACUUUAGAGUCAGUCACCAGCGAAAAAAAUGACACUAUUGUAUUUCCAGAGGAUAUAGUCGUGGAUGAUGAUGGAUGUCGGACACCUGACCGGGGUGUCGGUACCUGCACCCCCAUUAAACAAUGUGCCCCGAUGGUACAAUUCCUUUUUAACAUACCCAAGCCCAUUUCACAAAAAAACGCUGACUUUAUUAGGACGUACUAUUGCGGUUAUGACAGAGAUUCCGUCAAGGUGUGCUGUCCUAAGAAUCCUAUAGUUGUAACAGAUCGGGAUCAACCUGUUACAGAUAACAGAAUAGAUCCACCCGAUGUGACCAAUCACAGGAAUAUUAAUUUGGUUAAUUCCGAUCUCUGUGGACCCAUGAAUCAAUUCGAUAGAAUUCUGAAUGGAAACAAAACAUCUUUGUUUGAUUUCCCUUGGAUGGCACUUCUCUCUUAUCAGAUUGGAAGAAUAAGAGACUUUCGUUGUGGUGGAACCUUAAUCAAUAGUAAAUAUGUUUUAACUGCUGCUCACUGUGUGACUAACUUAGGAACUAAACAACUGAUUGGAGUACGGCUUGGUGAGCACAACAUUGACACGGCUCAGGAUUGCGAGGACUAUCAAGGAAGAGUCAUUUGUUCUCCGCCAGUUCAAGAUUUUGCAGUCGCAGAAAUAUUAAGUCAUCCAGAUUAUAAUACAAGGGAAUAUACAAACGACAUUGGUUUAAUUCGGCUGAGGGGUGAAGCUAAUCUAGAACCAGAAAAUGUAAAGCCAAUUUGUUUACCAACCAUUAAACCUAUUAGUCAAAUGGACCUAUCCCAAAUUAAUGUGACUGUUACAGGUUGGGGUGUCACAGAAAGAGGUACCAGAAGUCCUGAUUUAUUACAGGUGUUUCUUCCAGUUAUUGACCAGGAAACUUGUAAAAAUACCUACAAAAAUUCAGCAGUGCCAAUAACUCAUAAACAGGCUUGCGCUGGCGGUAAGAAUCAAAGGGAUUCUUGCGGUGGAGACAGUGGAGGUCCCAUGCAAAUUCCAGCGGCUUAUCAAGGUGACGCGAGGUAUUUCCAAGUAGGGAUUGUGUCGUUUGGUCCCAAAGUUUGUGGUCGGGAAGGAUUUCCGGGAGUAUACACUAGGGUAGCACAUUACAUGGACUGGAUAUUGGACAAUUUGAAACCAUAAAAUGAUUUUUGUUACGAUAACAGACUUCCGGUGGAAACAAAAAGUAUAAGAACCAUAAAGGGCUUUGUGAGAUGGGUGCCGUGUAAAGGUACCUACCGUUUAAGCGAUGAUGAUGCCCAGAAAGUGCUUUCAAAUACUAGAAACAAAGACUUUUAAAAAAUGUGAUCUCUUAUUAUAUAUAUUAUAAUGUUUUAUAAAUACACAUUUAUGUGUACCAAAACUAAGUAGUAGUAAAUUAAAAUGAACACUUAA